AUGAGGCAGAAGAAGCCUUCGGUCCUCGUCCUCCUCGGUGCUCUCGCCACCGCCGCCUUCGUCCCCGUCUCCGGGGCCCCGUCCCACGACGACACGUCCGCGCCGCGCCUCCGCCCGCGGCAGACGGUGCAAAACGCCUGGGGCGGCGCCGUGCAGCAGGGCCAAGGGUGGCACUACGUGACGGGCACCGUCACCAUCCCACGCGUCGGCGGGCAGUCCCCCUCGGCGGCGGCGUCGGCGUGGGUGGGCAUCGACGGCUGGAGCUGCCAAAACGCCAUCCUGCAGACGGGCGUCAACCUGUACGGCGACGGCUCGCUCGCGACGUGGUACGAGUGGUGGCCCGACGCCAGCGCCUACUACGACACGCCCAUCGACCUCCGCGCCGGCGACCGCCUCCGCUUGUCCGUCUUCGCCUCGUCGUCGACGUCGGGCAACGUCACCAUCGAGAACCUCUCCAACGGCCAGGCCCAGUCGCACGUCUUCCAGGGCGAGGGACGUGCGCUCUGCGCCUCCGACGCCGAGUGGGUGGUCGAGGACUUUGGCAGCGACUACAACGGCAACCACGUCCCUUUUGUCGACUUUGGCUCCGUCGAGUUCCUCGACGCCGUCGCCUCGGGGCCGAACGGCAACGUCACCCCCCAGGGCGCCAGCAUUGUCAACGUCGAGAUUGACGGCGCCUAUCGCACCGACUGUGGCUCCAAUGCAAAUGGCGUCCGCUGCAACUAUGUCUAG